GGGGUGGUCAACAAAGGAAUAGUGUGAGAGAGCAGGGGCUUCCGCUGUGUCUCUGAAGUGUUUAUACCUCAAUGUUUUGUAAAUAGCUCCGAGUUGGACUCGGGUUUGUUUUAGAAUCGAGUGGCUUGGUUGUGUUCGGUUUAAAGUAAUUAUAUGGUAGGAGAGAACCACUUUUUCCUGACUAUUUUAAAUCUGGAUUUUAAGUGGAAGUUGGUAUUUACUAUGCACUCAAAUGGAUAACAGUAUAUCCCUGCAUAGUGUGCAGGAUAAAGAACAAGCCCUACAUGUUCGCCACCGGAUGGAGUCCUCCUGCCUGGAGCUGGCCCUGGAGGGGGAGAGGCUGUGUAAGGUGGGAGAUUACCGCGCUGGGGUCUCCUUCUUCGAGUCGGCCAUUCAGGUGGGCACCGAGGACCUGCAGAUCCUCAGUGCGAUCUACAGCCAGCUGGGCAACGCCUACUUUCACCUGCAGGAAUACGGCAAAGCCCUCGAGUACCACCACCAUGACCUCACGCUCACCAGAACCAUCGGAGACGAACUGGGAGAAGCGAAAGCCAGUGGGAACUUGGGAAACACUCUGAAGGUUUUGGGACGCUACGGAGAGGCACUGGUCUGCUGCCAGAGACACUUAGAGAUAACAAGAGCAAUGUAUGAUAAGGUUGGACAGGCUCGAGCGCUGUAUAAUUUUGGGAACGUGUACCACGCCAAAGGGAAGAGCAUCUGUUGUACAGGAGCUGAGCCAGGAGAGUUCCCCGAGGAGGCCAGGCUCGCCCUGAAGAAAGCAACGGAAUAUUACGAUGCAAACCUGUCUAUUGUGAAGGAUCUGGGAGACCGCGCGGCACAGGGUCGGACCUACGGUAACCUUGGCAACACUCACUACAUCCUGGGAAACUUCCCGGAUGCGGUGCUGGCCCACGAACAGCGUCUCCUUAUCGCUAAGGAAUUUGGGGACAGGGCAGCAGAGAGGAGGGCCCACUGUAACCUGGGCAACGCCUACAUUUUCCUGGGCCAGUUCGAGAGGGCGGCCGACCAUUACAAGAGGACUCUGCAGCUGGCUCGUCUGUUGAAGGACAGGGCUGUGGAGGCCCAGGCCUGCUACAGCCUGGGCAACACCUACACACUUCUCCAAGACUACGAGAGAGCCAUUGACUACCACCUGAAGCACCUGAUCAUAGCCCAGGACCUCAGGGACCGGGUCGGGGAGGGCAGAGCGUGCUGGAGUCUAGGAAAUGCCCACACGGCCCUGGGGAACCAUGACCAGGCCAUGUGCUUUGCAGAGAGACAUCUGGAGAUCUCUAAAGAGAUCGGAGACAAGAAUGGUGAGCUGACGGCCCAAAUGAACAUGUCCGACCUUCAGGUGGUGCUGGGUUUGAAAGCCAACCAUAGGAGCCCCCCCGACACUGUCCCCGACACCAACACCAACAGCUUAGUCCUUACAGAAAUCCACGGAACACAUCAGAACCUUCCAGGUAUGAAGCUCGAGAAAAGACCCAGCCUGGAAAUGUUCCGACCAGGCCCGGACAAACAUGCUGACUGGGAUGGAGAAGUCUUCGCCACGCCUUCCAAGUCUGAAGUGGCCAAGGCCUCUUCGAAAGUGUUCUUCAUCAAGCGCCUGCGAGGGAAGAAAUCAAAGAGCCACAAGAAGUCCAGCCUCCAGGACAGCAGCAGCAACACCCCCCUGGCCCCUCCGAUGGAGGCUCAGGGCUCGGCUAAGCACCUUACAGCCGACACUCUGGGCGACGAGGGCUUUUUUGACCUCCUCAGUCGAUUCCAGGGCAGCAGGAUGGACGACCAAAGGUGCAACCUGUUAGAAGGCCAGAGCCCCCCCUCCUCCCCCCCUGUAGCCGUGAGGAAAUCUACUUCAGAGUGCGGGGCGUCCCAGGACAGCGGCCCGUUCCUGGGCCUGCCGGCCAGCACGCAGGGCCGUCGGCCGGACGAGCAGAGGGGCAGGCUGGGAAGCUUCCCGGGCCUGCGUCUGAGCAGCAGCGACCAAGCCCCCAGCUCCUCCAUGCUCAGCCGGCUAGUGGCCAGUGCUGACCACCCCGAGGCUGACGAUGUCUUUUUCGACAUGCUCGUCAAGUGCCAGGGCUCCAGGCUUGACGACCAGAGGUGUGCAGCUCCCCCUCCAUCCACUAGGGGGCCCACUGUCCCAGACGAGGACUUCUUCAGCCUCAUCCUGCGCUCCCAGGCUAAGAGGAUAGAUGAGCAGCGGGUUCAAAUUCCCCCCAGCUCCCAGGAGAACCCAGACUGAGAUGUCUGCUUCAGGACAAGCUGCUCAAAGAGGAGAUUCUCUCGUUAACCCAGUCCCUCUUAGAACGAGGACAGUCACCCCUACUAGGAGUCAUGGAUUGUCUCAUCAUGGUCUUAUCAAAUGUUGACCAGAACGGACCACACGUUUUUAUUUCUGUAUUUUUGUUCUCAAAUCAAGUUAGUUUUAACAGUCACAUUGACUUUUCCCCCUCACCUUGUAUAGUACUGAGUGAGGACAUUUACAGUAAGCAAUUUGUUAGUUUUAAUUUUUUUAU